AUGCAUUUUCGGGUUCAAGUAGGACAUAAGCGUUCAGCUGUAGCACCUUUUCGAUGCCUGGCCGCCAGGCCAACAGAAGGAGNGAAGCACGAGGGUUGGGAUACUGCCAGGUUGCCUAAGCCUAGACAAGGGAAGUCGAUAGUUAGAGGUCGGAUUCGAACUACGAACCUUCCGGUCAGUAAAUUCGCGCCCUAA